AUGUCUAACUUCAAAAUAUAUAUCACUGAUCAAAUACUGAUAACCUUGAUGAAGCUGAAGCUGAAUCUACUCCAGGGUGAUCUUGCUGAAUGCUUUGCUGUGUCCCGGGAAAUAGUGAGCAGAAUCCUUUCCUACUGGAUUGACACAAUGGAGGAGCACAUGAGGAUCUACAUUCCAUGGCUGCCGAGGGAGCCAAUCCAGAACACAAUGCCUCAGUGCUUCAAAGAGAAGUUCCCCAACACCACUUGAAUCAUCAAUUGCUCCGAAAACACUCUUCAGAAAGCACACAAUCUAGAUUCCAGAGGGGAGUCAUACAGCCACUAUUAUUCCAGAAAUACUCUACAGUAUUUGGUUGCCAUUUCUCCAUGUGGACUCAUUAUGUUAAUUUCUCCUGCAGAUGGAGGCAUAUGCAGUGACAAGUUCAUCACCCAAAACUCUGGCUUCCUGGAAUACCUUAGGCCUGGCGAUGAAGUUAUGGCAGACAGGGGCUUCACCAUCCGAGUUCUGCUGUAUGAGAGGAAGGUAAACCUUGCCUUCACCCAGAAAGGAGAGCAGCUGUCUGACGAGGAUGUCACAAGCACGAGAAGGAUAGCUAAUGUACGUAUACAUGUUGAGAGAGUUAUCAGAUGACUCAAGGUGUUCACAAUCCUCUCCUAGACUGUUCCCAUCAACCUGACGCACAAAAUGGACAAAGUCCUUAGAAUCUGUGCAGCCCUUGUUAACAUGCAAGGUGAGAUCAUCCAUGAGGAUGCCGAGUGA